AUGAGAGUUGAUGACGCAGACCACAAAGGAUACACCACCAGUGAGGCCCAGCCGGAAGCUGCCCCAACUGAUGAUCAUCUAGCGCAGCUCUUCUCAAUAAUGAGCCACUCCCAGCGAGGGAGAAUGGACGAGCAGAGUUGUUAUAUGGACGACACGUACGACAGCCCCAGUGGGACACCGUCAGCAGAGCGAAGAGCAGAGGAGUGUGAGUGGCGAGGACCCUUCACCUUGGUUCCAGGACCAAAGGGUUUCAAGAUGGAUAAGAAGCACUUCACCAUCCCCCAGGUGGUGUUGACUCCUGAGUCUCCUAACCCUCACCGGAGGGCUAUCUCCAGACCAGCCUCCCCCACAGAGGAGUAUGACGAAGGAGACCUGGCCGGGGCUGGAGUACCACACUCUGUCACCUUUCCCGCUGGAGUCGCGGACAGGGACAGGGUAGCUCCUCAGCAAGUCAAGCCAGAGCCCUCGCCAGAAGAGGAGGAGCGGCUGUUCUCCAUGGUCAGUAACUUCCAGCGUGGCAGGAUGGAUGAGCAGCGCUGUGCCCUCCAGCGGCCCAAUAGGAGCUCACCUGGCCCAGUACGCGCACCUGCACCAGCUCCCGCUGACCCCAAUGCCAAUCGCCCAGCUCCCAACUCAGAUGAGUUCUUCCAAAUGGUGGCCAACUCUCAGAGCCGCCGUCUGGACGACCAGCGUGUGUACCUGCGCUCCAUGCCAGGCAUCAGCCCGCCCUCCUGCUGUAGCCAGCGCAACGGGAAGGCCGUGACCCCCGCAGAAGCAGAUCCAGCCAAGUGCCCUGGUAAGGGUGAUGAGCACGGUGUGGCUGCUGGGAUGAUGAUGAUGCUGGGGGCCCAAAGCAGACGGGCCCACUCCAGGCCAGCCUCUCCUACGCUGGGCCGCCCUGAGGACUGCAACCCCCCCAAGCGAUCCUCAUCCUUCAACGCCUUCUCCAAAGACCAGAACGUCAACCUUUCAGCACAGGAUGGAGAAAUGGCGGUGGCCGAUCAGGAGAAGUUUGUGUCCAUCAUGAAGCACUCUCAGCGAGGCCGCAUGGAUGACCAGAGCUGCUCCAUGCAGUUCAUCAACAGACGCUCUGCAGACACCAACAAAGAUGAUCCAGAACACAUUAUUGACUUGAUGGCCAAAAGCCAGAGCCGGAGACUUGAUGAUCAGCGUGCAACAAUGCCAAUAAGCCCCAAGGUGGGCAAAAAAGACAGCAGUCCCAGUCCAUCCACCUCCCACAGCUGUUUGGGAUCCAGGUCUCCUGUGCCCCUCAGGAGGGCCCACUCUAGACCCACCACCCCCACCCCGCCAGACGCCUCAGGGGCCCGGGCCGCCCCCAGGUCUGCUACCUACUGCCCCAUGUCUGACCACGACAAGAUGCAGGAUCUUGCUAACCAAACAACUCAAAUGCAACAGAUGCAGGAGCGCCAGUGUGCGCUGCCGGAGGUCUUCCUCACGCUGGGGCCGCCGGGGGAGUCGGUGCGCGUCCCGCUCAGCCCCAUGCCCAGCCCCAGGCUCAGCCGCCCGGCCUCCCUCCUCCUCAACAUCUCCCCCUCCAUCACCCCGUCCCCAUCCCCAUCCCCCUCGCACUCCCCUCACGCCGCCGGGAUGUCGCCCUACUGGGUGAGCCCCAGGGGCAGCCCCAUGGCCACGGAGGAGGACUACCAUCUCUCCAUGCAGAGGCUGGCGGCCGCACAGGGGCAGAAGGGGAAGGAGAAAGGCAAGAGCGGUGCCAAGGGCAAUGGGAAGAAGGAGGCCAAGGAAGCUAAAAAGAAGAGGUGAAGAAGAGGUGGGGAAGUUCAUGAUGUUGCCAUGGAGACAUGAAUGAGGACUCUCUCAAUGUCAUUGGGAAAUUACCUGAAGCAGUGUACGCACACAAGAUUCUAUGGCAAACCAUUACAAGUACCGUUUUCAGUCUGGGUUUGAAGUCUGUGGUUUACAUUUUUUAAUUCCGUCUCACUUGUACAGUGUGUAACAGCUUUGUGUUAUUGUUGGUCUACGUCUAUGUGUGUGUGUUUUCUUUGUAUUCAUUAUUACCUGUG